AUGCCUCAACGUAUCGAUAUAUCUCAAGUUCAAGAAACCUUUGGGUCUUCUAGUAUUGAUUUGAUUAGUGCAGCACUCGGUGGCCAGGUACUCGGAUUCAGCGAUCAAUUCUUUGCAGAUGCUGAAAAUUUGAUCAACCCAGCGCCGCCCGUCCAUAAACCAGGAGUUUUCGUCCCGUCGGGGGCGUGGUACGAUGGAUGGGAAACCAGGAGGCAUAAUAAGGAACCGGCAGACUGGGUUGUAAUAAAGCUCGGAGUUGCCAGUGGAACAGUUCUUGGGGUUGAAAUCGACACGACAUAUUUUAACGGGAAUCAUGCGCCCGCAGUUUCAGUCGAGGGGACAUUUAUCGAUGGCGGCCACCCUGAUGCAAACACUGCGUGGGACGAGAUCCUCCCGAAACAGGAGACAGCUUACUCACAUGUAAGGCUGAACAUGUACCCAGAUGGAGGGAUUGCUCGUUUCCGCCUUUACGGAAAUGCUGUACCCGUGUUUCCCGUAGACCCAGAGUCGAUAAUUGACCUUGCCCAUGUAUCAUCCGGGGGACUAGCAGUCUCUUGCAGUGAUCAACACUAUGGUACUAAAGACAACCUGUUGCUCCCGGGCAGGGGCAAGGAUAUGGGUGAUGGUUGGGAGACUAAACGGAGUAGAGAAGCGAGUCAUAUAGACUGGGUGAUAGUAAAGCUCGGCGCACCAGGGUAUAUUGAAGAAGUUGUGGUUGAUACACUCCAUUUUCGCGGUAACUAUCCUCAGGCUGUCGAAAUUUACGCGAUAGAUGCUGGGUCCGACCAUGUCGUGGCCGCGAGCGCACCCGAGUGGCAGAAGAUUGUCGAAGCACACCCAUGCGAAGCAGACAAAGAACAUGCUUUCCCUUCAACAAUGCUGAAGGAUGUAUCAGGGAAUGUAGUGACGCAUGUCAAAAUGGUCAUCAUACCGGAUGGAGGAGUAAAAAGGUUAAGGGUUUACGGGAAGAGAGCGGUUAGUAAUUAG